AUGCGGCAGAGCCGCCAGCUCCUCGCCCUGAGCCGAAGAGCCCCGAUCUCAAGUCGCUUCCAAUCGACAUUGACCGAGACACCCGUCGAGACACCGCAGACCACUCUCGGCGAGUCACUCAAACCCGAAAACCCUCUCAAUGAGAUGGUCCAGGCCCAAGCCGCGGCUGACACGGCACAAGAAUCCGCACUCGACAUUCCCAGAUCAAAAUUCAACAAACUCGGCACAAAGGUCAAGGCUGCCUACCACCCCGAAGAUGUCCUCCGCAACCCCCCCAAGCCCUCGCAAGUCACCCUGGAACUUCUCCUGGCCUCCGGAACCCACAUGGGUCACUCGACUUCCCGCUGGAACCCCCAGAACUCCCGAUACAUCUUCGGUAUCCGUGAAGGCGUGCACAUGAUCUCGCUAGACCAGACAGCCGCCUACCUCCGCCGAGCCGCGAAAGUCGUCGAAGAAGUCGCCGCGCGCGGCGGCCUGAUCCUCUUCGCGGGUACCCGCGACGGGCAGAAGCGCGCAGUCGUCAGAGCUGCCGAAUUAGCACAGGGAUAUCACAUUUUCGAGCGAUGGAUCCCCGGCUCGUUGACUAACGGCCAGCAGAUUCUCGGCCACUGCGAGACGAAGGUCGUCAACGCGCUGGAUGAGGAGUUGCCGGAUUUCAAGAAGGAUCUGGCAGAUCGCCCUUCGCUGAAGCCCGAUCUGGUGGUUUGCUUGAACCCGCUUGAGAACGUGGUGUUGUUGCACGAGUGUGGUGUGAACAAUGUGCCUACGAUUGGUAUCAUUGAUACUGAUGCGGAUCCUACGCGUGUCACCUACCCCAUUCCUUCGAACGAUGAUAGUCUGCGCGCUACUCAUUUGAUUGCGGGUGUUUUGGGCCGUGCUGGUGAGGCGGGUCAGUUGCGUCGGAUGAAGAUGGCUGAGACGUGUCGGAUUAGCUACAAGCCCAUUACGGCGGCUGAGUUGCGUCUGGAUCCUUUCACUGGAAUGAACAUCAGUGAGGUGGCGAAGAAAUAG